UCAGAGAAGAAAAAAAACACCAAAAAAAAAAAAGAGAGAGAUUUGAGAUGGAAAACGGAAACUCCUCCGGCGACAACAAGUCUUCACGUAAGCCGAUCCGAUGCAAAGCGGCGGUUAGUAGGAAGGCCGGAGAACCGUUGGUGAUGGAAGAAAUCAUGGUGGCGCCGCCGCAGCCUUACGAGGUUCGGAUCCGAAUAAUCUGCACCGCGCUAUGUCACAGUGACGUCACUUUCUGGAAACUCCAAGUUCCUCCAGCCUGCUUUCCGAGGAUUCUAGGCCAUGAGGCAAUAGGAGUAGUAGAAAGUGUGGGUGAAAAUGUGAAGGAAGUGGUAGAAGGAGACACCGUACUACCAACGUUCAUGCCUGACUGUGGUGAUUGUGUUGAUUGCAAAUCUCACAAAAGCAACUUAUGUAGCAAAUUUCCCUUCAAGGUAUCGCCUUGGAUGCCAAGAUAUGAAAAUUCCAGCAGAUUCACCGAUCUCAAUGGCCAAACUCUCUUUCAUUUCUUGAACGUCUCCAGCUUCAGCGAAUACACUGUUCUUGAUGUCGCUAACAUUGUUAAGAUCGAUUCUUCGAUUCCUCCUAGUCGUGCUUGUCUCCUCAGCUGUGGAGUCUCCACCGGUGUUGGUGCUGCUUGGGAGACCGCUAAAGUUGAACAAGGAUCAACCGUUGUGAUUUUCGGACUUGGUUCUAUCGGAUUAGCGGUUGCAGAGGGUGCAAGACUUUGCGGUGCCUCUAGAAUCAUUGGUGUGGAUAUAAACCCUGCCAAAUUCCAAGUUGGCCAGAAUUUUGGAAUUACCGAGUUUGUAAACUCUAUGACAUGCGAGAAAAAGCGUGUUAGCGAGGUGAUCAAUGAGAUGACUGGUGGGGGAGCAGACUAUUGUUUCGAGUGUGUUGGAAGUAGCUCUUUGGUUCAAGAAGCUUAUGCUUGUUGCAGACAGGGAUGGGGAAAGACGAUAACUUUAGGGGUGGACAAGCCGGGUUCACAAAUAUGUUUAGACUCCUUUGAUGUUCUUCAUCAUGGGAAGAUUCUCUUGGGUUCGUUGUUUGGAGGUUUGAAGGCUAAAACACACAUUCCUCUUCUUCUAAAACGCUAUUUGAGCAAUGAGCUUGAAUUGGAUAAGUUUGUGACACAUGAGAUGAAAUUCGAGGAGAUCAACGACGCAUUCCAGCUACUUCUUGAAGGGAAAUGCAUCAGAGCAUGGCGAGGUUGUCUACGGGAUGUUAAAGCUGGGGCAACAUCAAUGGAAAAAUGGUUGACUGUGGUGGGGUAUCCAUAAGUCCUGACCAUCCCAGAAUAGUUAGUGUUUUGUGUCAAUGACUUUCUUUACUUUGGAGGAUACACAGUUGGUGAAUCGAGCUUGAUCGUCUUUAGUUUCGUUAUUAAAAAGUUUUGCUUCAU